AUGGAGAAUGACUGGGCAGUGCCCCUUUCCGAGGAGCGUCUCAACGUGAUGCUAGAGAUGGCGAAAAUCGGCCGUAGAAUAUCCAUUUUUUCGGGAUCAAUGGCUUAUGCUGCCAACACCAUUGGCAUCGUCGUUCAGAAAUUGUACAAUCUUGAGGCCCAACACAUACCGAAUCCCGAUCCUCGUCUAGUCACCGACCUCUUCUGGAUCGUUUGGCUACCGUACAAUACGACAAAUCCUAUAAGUUACGCAGUGUCUUUUGUACUCCAGCUGUACAGCUCUGUCUAUGCUGCUCUCUUCUACUUCAUCUUUGAUAGUUUCAUCGUGAUGAUUGUGCUGCAUCUGUGCGGACAGCUUGGAGACCUCCAGAUAUCGCUGCAGCACUUGCACGAAAAUGACAUUCAUAAAUCAACAUUUCAAGUUAGACUCAAACGAAUUGUUCAAAAGCACGAGAAACUCGUCAGAUUAGCUGAAGACCUCGAGAACUACUUCAACUUCGUUCUUCUCCUGCAGCUAUUGGGCUGCACCCUGAUGUUCUGCUUUCAGGGAUAUGGAAUAAUCAGGCUGCUCACCCAGGGAACAUUGAAUCUUUUUCAAGUGGCUUUUGCCAUUACUGUCGUAUUCGCUACAGCUGUUCAUUUCUUCUUCUGCUGCUGGGCUGGAGAGAUUCUCGUAUCUCAGAGUACGUCCGUGGGACUCGCUGUUUACAACUGCCAGUGGUACAGACUACCUCCCAGUGAGGCACGUUCACUCGUACUAAUCGGUCUCAGUAAAUUCAGGCCGUUGAAACUGACGGCGGGAAAAUUUUCAGUUCUCACUUUCAAUCUCUUCCUUCACGUACUGAAGACGUCAAUGAGUUACUUGUCGAUGUUACUAGCGGUGCAAAAUCUUUGACUUUGAAAAAUCCGGAGGAAUCGGCAAUUAAAUAAACAAUAAAGAAUUAAAUCAUACCUUUUUAUUCAUGACUUACCCAUCACGCUGUCCUCAUCAGCACUUCCAGAAGGCCAACUACAUCGAUGAAUAAUCAAUGAAA